AUGCUGACCGGUCGCAUGCAGGAGAGGCUCUGGAGAAAUCUGGCCUCUCAGGCAAGAAUCGUAACUCUGACACUCGCAAAGAGCCCCAGAGACCUACUAUUGGCUGUGGACAGGGUGGCAGACCCCAGGAUUGGGAGUUUCGGGUCCCCAGUGGGAAGCACGAGGCUUCGGGGACUGCGGCCUACUCGGAGAGGGUGCGGGGUAGACGGCCGCUGCCCUGUCUCCCUUCCUGGACUCUGCAAGCCGACAUCGUGAAUCGCCUGCUGGCCCCAUUCCCCCCCACCCCUGUGAACCGGUGGGGUCAUCCUGGUCCCCACUGCAGAGGAUCUGAGAUGUGUAGUGGAUGGGCGGCGGGGCGCCCCAGAGGCCUACCUCCUAAGAUGGCGGCGGCGCUGAACCCGGCUACAACAGCUCCUGCACUAAGAGGCUCCAGAGGAGAAAAGUCGCGCCACUCAACAAAACGUGCAACCACAAACCACGUCCAGCAGUGA